CAUAUAAAUUCGUUAUUCCAAAUUAUUUUUGUAUUAUCAGACAUGCCUUAUUGUGUGCAUAAUUGUAGAAUGGCUACGGCAAAAAGAAACCGAGCUACGAUGGAGCAGCUAAUUCGAAUGAUGGAUUUUUUCGGAGAAACGCCGGGCUUGGCAGGGUCUCGGUUCCAGAAACUCCAUGAAAAAUCAGACUGCGAUAGGAAGUGGAGCGAAUUAGCUAGUACGCUGAAUUGCCUUGGUGGUGCUGUGAAAAGCGUCGAACAAUGGCGCACGGUAUGGAGGGAUCUAAAAAGCCGUACCAGCAUCAAGGUCCGAGACCGGAUUUGGAACAUAUCUAGUAUAUGUUUUCAUGUCAUUUCGGUUUUUUUCGAAAAGAUGUUAGCAGAGUCGAGUGCAGCAUCCACCCAAAUUGCAGUUGUUAGCUGAAAGUAAUGCGGCG